AUGGGUUCAACCUUCAUCUGUGUUGUGUUAGGAUUCAAUCGAUUUGUGGAGAUGAUUCCUUCGAUGAAGAGAUUACUGUUCCUCUUCCGAGGCAAGAUGGUUUACAUGUGGAUGGUGCUGAGUAUUGUCAUUAUGCUUAUAAGGCCAUUUUUCUGUCGACCUCCGCUGUACAACAGUUCGAUGGGUACAUAUACGCCAGUACCAUUCAUAACAGAUGACCCCAAAUGGAUUGAAAUUGACAUGCAAAACGAUUUAUCUCUAAUUGCUUUACGUGGUGGAAGUACAGAUCAUUUCCAGCUUCUCCUUCAAGCAACGGUCAUCUGCUCAAGCAAUGCUGUUGCAGCCAUCCUGUACAAUGUCAUGAAGUUCGUCGUGGUCCCCAAAGCUGUCGUUAUCAUUGCGCAUAACAUGUGGUUACUCAGCCACGGUAAGUGCAAAUGGCUGUUUUCUAAAGUAAACAAAAACAUCUGCCCACUAAUUUCCGGUCUGAAGCUGCCAGCUUCUGUGUGA